UACAGAAAUGCACUCUGGGUCAGAGCCAAGAUGGCAGCCUGCAGGUUGCCUGUGGAUUACUGUACGGCUUAACGAUUCAUUUGAUCUAAUGAGUGUUUUUUAAAUAGAAAAUUAAGCGUGAAUUAUGUUCCAGCUACUCUGUUGUAGAGCAAACAUUACUGCUCCGGUGCGGUCACUGUCGUUAUACCCGCGAACCAGUAAGACAGCAGAGAUAUGGAGACUUGCACGGUGGUACACAUCUCCAGGAUCGAAAGCUCACAGCUCCUCUCAGCAGCCUGGAAAUGCCGUCAGCCGUUUUUGGAGCCUCACUCAGAGAGCUGUCCGCUGCUCCACCACCCGAACAUCCAAGACCCCAGGAGUGGCUCUGAAAUUCAUCCUGGGACCGGCGGCGCUCACUGUCUCCGCACGACUGUUUUGCCACGUAGCUUACUGCGAGGCAGAUGAGAAUAACAACAUCCCUGUGGAGGUUGUAGCCAAAAACCCUGUGCCUGAGUUCAAAUGGCAUAUCCUGUGGGAGUUUGUAAAGCCUCAGUUGUUUGCUCUCCUUGGUGCUGUUGUGCUUGCCUUUGGCGCAGCUAUCUUGAAUAUAAAAAUCCCCUUGAUGCUUGGCGACCUGGUGAAUGUUGUGGCAGGCUACCUGAGAGAACAUACAAGGAAUUAUGUCCAGGAGAUAAGAGGUCCAGCGCUAAAAUUACUUGCAAUGUAUGGUCUCCAAGGCCUGCUGACAAGUGGCUACAUCAUCCUGCUUUCCAGGGUGGGGGAGAGAGUGGCAGCAGACAUGAGAAAAACCCUUUUUGCAUCUUUACUGAGGCAAGAUGUGGCUUUCUAUGAUGCCAAUAAAACUGGACAGCUGGUGAAUCGCUUGACUGCUGACAUUCAGGAGUUCAAGUCAUCCUUUAAACUUGUCAUCUCUCAGGGCCUGCGGAGUAUCACGCAGACAGUUGGAUGUUUCGUUUCUCUUUAUCUCAUCUCCCCCCAACUGACAGGCUUGACAGUAGUUGUCCUCCCUUGUCUUGUGGGAGCAGGGGCACUCUUUGGCUCAUUCCUCCGCAAACUGUCGCGUCUGGCUCAAGAACAGGUGGCAAAAGCAACCGGAGUGGCAGAUGAGGCACUUGGCAAUGUGCGGACAGUGAAAGCUUUUGCGAUGGAGGAGCGGGAGCUCCAGUUAUAUGCAUAUGAGGUUGACAAAUCAUGUGACUUGAAUGAAAAUCUUGGUGCUGGAAUAGCAGUUUUCCAAGGACUGUCAAACAUCACCCUGAACUGCAUUGUCCUUGGAACCAUUUUUGCUGGAGGGACUUUAAUUGCGAGCAGUGAAAUGUCCCCUGGAGACCUCAUGUCUUUCCUGGUUGCCUCCCAGACUGUUCAGAGGUCACUGGCCAGUAUCUCCAUCCUUUUUGGACAGAUGGUGAGAGGAAUAAGCUCUGGUGCUCGGGUUUUUGAAUACCUGUCUCUGAAGCCGACUAUUCCACUGUCCGGAGGAGGACGCAUCCCGUACCAUUCUCUGACAGGAAGAGUGGAUUUCAUGGACAUUUCAUUCAGCUAUCCAACAAGACCUGGCCAUCAGAUCCUGUCGAGGUUCAACUUGACACUGCCACCGUCUAAAACCGUUGCAAUUGUUGGAGAAUCUGGAGGAGGGAAGUCCACAGUGGCGUCCUUGCUCGAGCGUUUCUACGACCCAACCAGCGGCGUUAUCAUGCUGGACGGACUUGACAUUCGAACCCUUGAUUUGUCCUGGAUGAGGGGGCAGGUCAUUGGAUUUAUCAAUCAGGAGCCGGUUUUGUUUGGAUCGUCCGUCAUGGAGAACAUCCGCUUUGGGAAGCCUGGGGCCACAGAUGCUGAGGUCAUUAACGCAGCCAAGCAAGCCAAUGCUCACCGCUUCAUUACAGCUUUCCCAGACGGCUAUAACACCAUUGUUGGUGAGCGAGGUGCAACGCUAUCAGGUGGCCAGAAACAGCGCAUCGCCAUCGCCCGCGCCCUGAUCAAGAACCCCAGCAUCCUGGUGCUGGACGAGGCCACGAGCGCCCUGGAUGCAGAAUCAGAGCGCGUUGUGCAGGAGGCCCUGGACAGGGCCACGAGGGGUCGUACUGUGCUUAUCAUCGCCCACCGGCUGAGCACCAUCCAAGGGGCCGACCUCAUUUGUGUCAUGAGCAACGGCCGCAUUGUGGAGGCUGGGAGUCACUUGGAGCUGCUGAGCAAAGGAGGACUUUAUUCUGAUCUGAUCCGCAGGCAAAGAGCUGAGGGGCAGAAAUGAACACGCACCAAAAGUUGUUUACUGUAGCUCUACAGUGAGACUGCCAAGAGUAAUGAAAUUCAUAGGGAAGUCUUGCCUGAACAGAUAAUUUAUUUUAAACAGGUAAUGUAAAUUCAGAAACUAGUUUUAUGGUAAACUGUAUGUAAAUGUGUAAGCGGACCAACUGGAUCAACAAACCACACUACUGUACAGUAUCUUAGUGAAAUGGACAUUUCAUAACACUGUUUUUCGCUUAUCCUGUACAGAAUUAUAAAUUACAAUGUAAGAGAAGAAAGAAUUAAACUUUGCUUUAAUGAGAA